ACAGAUGACCGAACAGCCCUCGUUAGUAAGCCCGGGAAUAAAGGAGGAAACAGUGAUUUGGCAUCAGCUGGAUUUAACAUUAUCAACUCUAUCAUAGGAUCAGGCAUUAUAGGAUUACCAUAUUCAAUGAAGGAGGCUGGUUUUCCACUAGGAGUACUGCUUUUAUUUGGGGUCGCUUAUAUCACAGAUUUUUCCAUUAUAUUACUGAUCAAAGGAGGAAACUUCUCCAGUACCAACACCUAUCAAGAGCUGGUCAGAAAAACAUAUGGUCUUGUAGGUUAUCUAAUUCUUUCAACUCUUCAGUUUUUAUAUCCAUUUAUUGCUAUGAUCAGUUACAACAUAAUAACAGGAGAUACUUUGACUAAAGUUUUUCAGAGAAUUCCUGCAGUUGGACCAGAUAAUGUGCUUACUGACCGUCACUUCAUAAUUCUUCUUACCACCGUCAUCUUUACCUUGCCUAUAUCUUUAUAUCGAGACAUAGCAAAACUGGGAAAGGUAUCUCUUAUUUCUCUAAUUUUAACCAUUGUCAUCCUGAUUAUUGUGAUGGUGAGAACAGUAACAUUCGGUCCACAAGUACCCAAAUCAGAAAAUGCAUGGAUAUUUGCAAAACCAAAUGCAGUACAAGCCGUUGGGGUAAUGUCAUUUGCAUUCAUCUGCAACCAUAACAGCUUUCUAAUAUAUGGGUCUCUAGAAGAACCCACAUUAAAGAACUGGUCUCGAGUCACACAUGUGUCUGUCUCAUUUGCUGUUGUUAUCAGUGUAGUGUUCGCUGCAUGUGGAUAUAUCACUUUUACAGGAUACACAGAAGGAGAUAUAUUUGAAAACUACUGUAGAGAUGACAACCUUGCUACAUUUGGAAGGUUUUGUUAUGGAGUCACUGUAAUACUGACCUUCCCCCUUGAAUGUUUUGUGACCAGAGAGGUGAUUGCCAAUGUGUUUUUCCAUGGGAACCUCUCAACAGUUUUCCAUAUUGUUGUGACAGUAGUUAUCAUUGCUGUGGCGACUGGUGUAUCAUUAGCGUAUGAUUGCCUUGGAAUAGUUUUAGAGCUGAAUGGAGUUCUGAGUGCUACCCCACUUGUUUUUAUCAUCCCAACAGCGUGUUAUCUAAGGCUGUCCAAAGAGCGAUGGAACCAUUCAGAUAACCUCAUAUCCUGCCUGAUUCUUGCUGUCGGUGUGCUAGUGAUGACGGUUGGGUUUGUUUUGACUAUCUUACAUCCCCAGGAAUGCAGCCAUGGAAAAGAAAUGUUCUUCUGCUUCCCUAGUAAUGUUUCUUUUCACAAUAGUACACUUCCACCAUAG